AUGUAUGCAACUGUGGAGUAUACGUCUACGGAGGAAGUCGAGGUUGUGCCUUGCACGUGGAUAUAUGGUGGAAAAUGUCUGUGGCCAAAAGUGCCAUCAGACAGAGCCACAAGAAUGGUUCGACCCGGAACAGAACCAGAUGCGGGAUUCCUCUCUUAUGAUGCGGUUGUGAAAGGUGUAUUCCGAACAUAUGAAGAUGGCCGUGCGAAGUUGGACGAGGCCCGAUUCGGGCCGGAUUUAUCGGAAUCUGAUGCUUCUAGUCAGGAGACACCUGUUCUUCCUUUGGAAAAUGGGAAAGAGGACGAGGUUAGGCGGGGCCUAAAUAUGGAGUCUGUGACUGAGAAGGCGCAGCAAUUCCAAGAGCUUCAGCGGCGGCUUGUGACCGGUUUAAACAUAAGGCACAACCAGGGCGAAAUUAUACAGAUGCUUUCAGUCGCCCUACAGAGAAAUAGUCCUCAAGAAGAAACUUUGAAGACGCCUGAGCCAGUGCUGCGCUACCAAUUGGACAGUGUUCUGGACCUUAUGGGUUAUGGAACGAGAACUCUCAUUACGACUAUCAAGGCAAUGAUGGCCUAUAUGAUCAGCGAUAUGGCUGCAUCUGAAUUCAGUAUGGAUGGCCGCAAAGGCAAGGUUAGAUUUAGGGAUCUCAAGCUCUCAAAGUUUUCAGCUGCUUGGCGGACACGCCACCACAAAGAGUGCACAAUAGAUGACAUCGUCUAUCAAGUAAAAGAGUGGCUGCGCAGGGCAAAGAAAGCACUCCGGUCAGAAGUCCAGCACGCCUUGCACGACGAUGAGACAGCCAGGCACCUCGGGUUUUCGCGUACACUUGCAGGAAUACAAGAGAAGUAUUACUGGCUGCACGUGACCGCCGACCCGUUUCAAGACAUUCCGUGA